CAUUGUCAUCAAGCAGACGCCUUUCCAUUUCCCAGAAUCCCAACCUAGCUUAGCUUCGUAACAGUGAGACGACUCGCACAAUCUCUCACUGUGAAUUCUUCUUCAGCCUCGAUCAAAUCUCAAACCCUAACCCUAAUUCACUGCUCUUAGAUUAAAGCAAAGUGGUAGAGCUGCUCACAGCUUUCACAUUGAAGAAAAUGGCGUCUCGGUUGCAGAAGAUCGAAGGAGACGAGUCCAUACUGUUGCGUGUAACUCAUUCGAACCUCAAGACCUUCUCUGCUGACAUCCGCUUUUCCCUACAGAGCUCCGUGGAGUCCGUCAAGGACAAGCUAUGGCGUAAAUGCGGCACUUCUGUAGAUUCCAUGUCGAUCCACCUGUAUGACGACGCCAACACCCAAGUCUCCGUUUUGAACGACAACUCCAAGCCCCUGGGCUUCUAUUCCCCUCACUACGGCUACCGGCUACAUGUUAUAGAUCUUGACCCUUCAUCGGUGACCUCUGGUGGGUGGCUUGAGGACACAUCGUUGGUGGAGAAGUACACUAUUUCCCAAGAAGCUUAUGAGAAACGAGAUGGGACUUUUAGAAAAUUUAAGGACAAAUUGGCAUCUCAGAACCCAUCAGCUUUUGAGAAUAAAAUACCAGAGAACAAUAUGGAAGAUCUCUGUGUAAAUAUCAAGGUUGGAGAUAGAUGUGAAGUUCAACCAGGGGAUAAAAGAGGUGUUGUUAAAUUUGUUGGUCGGGCAGAAUCUCUGGCUCCUGGUUUCUGGAUUGGAGUUCAAUAUGAUGAACCAUUGGGAAAGCAUGAUGGCAUGGUGAAAGGAACAAGAUAUUUCAAUUGCCCCCCACUUCAUGGUGGAAUCGUUCGGCCAGACAAAGUAAAGGUUGGUGACUACCCUGAACGAGAUCCAUUCGAGGAGGAUGAAAUCUAAGCAGGUCUUUGGGAGAGUACUUAUGUAUUUCAUGUUUCUACAUAACCUUUUUGGGGCAAUCGCCUUGAAGUUUCCUUAUAUUGUUCAAGUUGUUAUAUAAUUGGGAGGGAGUUAAAGAGGCUUCUUCAAUGAGAGUUCAGAGUGAGGGAGUUCAAUCCCACCAUUAAAGAGGCUUCUACAAUAUAAAGAAAUCAUUGGAAUUAUACUUGGGCCGAACAGUAUGCUUUUAGUCCUGUAGUUGAGCUGUUGUUUUAGCUAUCAAUCACAAAUUUUAAUUGUAUUACUGA